AUGGCUAAUAGACUUUCAGUUAUACCUCAACUUUAUCAAGAUAUUUUAGAAUUUAUCAAAUUGAUAUUAGAUUGGUUAAUCCCUUUCAUAGCCAAUUUUCACUCUAUAUCAUCCAGUAUAAAUAUGACUGAACUUUGCUUGCUAAUAAGAGCUGAUCAUAGCUUAGAUCAAUGUGGUCAACUUUUUCAACAAUAUGUUGUUGAUAAUUAUAUUAAAAUAGAGCGUGCACGUCUAAAUUAUUUAUUUUUUACACAAAAUAAAAUAUGUAAAGAAGUAUAUCAAGGUUUACAAAAUUCUUUUCGAUCUGGAUUAAAUAAUAUAAUGGAAAUAGAAUGCUAUAUUCCAGAAAUUGUAUCAGAACUAAUAGCAAUGCAAACCUCACAAGAUAGACCAGAUCUUACAA